AUGAUCGAGAUCUCUUGCUCCGGGUCUCCCUACGAGAUUGGGUUCCAGCAUGGAAGCCAGGCAAAAGCCCUAGUACAUGGAAGCAUUCUAUUUUAUCGUGAAUACUUCCAACGCAAUAGCAAUAUGGAUUGGGAAACUGCAGAAGAGCACGCGAUAAAAUACCAACCCUUUCUCGAAAAACACGUUCCUCAUCUUGUUGAAGAAAUGAAAGGUAUCUCGAUACCCGCCACCAUCCAGAGCUUAUCCUCCUUCAAAAGACGCCUUCGUCAAUAUGCACUCAACUUACUCACCAUCAACUCUCAGGAAUUGCGGUCGGAGCUGGUGUCUCUUUUUCGUCCAUUUUGA